CUCAAGCAAUCAAAAAAACCACCAAACGUCUCCAUAGGCACCCACAUCCAAACCCCAACCACCCUCCAACUAACCUCCCAACACCCAGACAUCACCUCCGCAACAUCCCCCUACCUCGCAAACAUCUUCUCCACCCUCGGCACACCCCAGAAAACGUACAAUCUAGCUUUCUCCCAUGGCACCCCGAUAUUCAGCAAGAACGGCGCAAUGUCCUCGCCCCUGCUCGAAUUCGUGAAAGUUUCUUUUCCGGCUGAGCAAGCUACGCCGGAGUUUCGCAGGGGUAUCGAGCGUGAUUUCGAAGUUUUCGACGAGAAAUGCGUGGCUGUUGCUCGGGGAAAUGGGGGCGUGGCGUUUGGGUGGGGGGUUGAUGAGGAGGAGGCGGAUGAGGGGGGCAAGGCGGUGGGGUUUUUUGUGGUAAGGGGGUGGGAGGGGAUGAGGUGUUUUGAGGAACUGGUGGGUACGAGUGAUUUUAAGGGGGCGAUUGAGGGGUUGAAGGGGUGGGGGGCGCCGAUGGAGAUGUGGUUUGUGCAGAGAGAAGGGUAG